AUGUUUCUCCUCAUUCUCCGGAAGCUGUGGCUUCGACGACCGAGAUCCGAUGCAGAGACCACAUCAUUGCCAUCAAACUCAGCCAGUGGACGUCCAAUACUCGAAAUUGAAGACAAAGCGCAAAUGCCCGACAUCACUUUCACCACAACGGCUUCGUGUGACGAAUCAGAAACGACAGUCAACGAGCUAGCCCUGCUAGCAGCCACUGCGAGCCACACAUCAAGCAUCGCUCAACACGAACCAGCGAUACCUGCAAAGCCAGAAACAAAGCAAACCGCCCCAGACAGAGCGACUCAACAACCAGAAAGGGAGGAGGACGAAGAAGAAGGAGAAGAAGAAGAAGAAGAAGAAGAAGAAGAGACAUUCUACCAUCUGAGCAGUUUGAUAACCAUAUCCUGCUUAUCCCCAAGCCAAAGCCAAACGUCUGUAUCAACAGUAACCUCCAAAAGCGCAAGACGCAAAAGUCUAGCCUUUGAUACCAAGAGAGCAUCCUCAAUUCUAAAUUUGAACAUCGGGGAUCUACCGAGUCUGCCAUUUCCAAUCCCGAACCACGGGAUCACGGGCAAGCCUGGUCCAAGAUAUAGCCCGCUCCCACCACCGUUUGUGCAGAAGACGCUUGCUAUGAGGCCCGAGGUUCGUUUCUAG